AUGUCGCAGCUCACCGAAGAGGAAGUCAAGGGCUUCUUUCGGGAAGCCGAGGGUACAGACAGCCGCGGUGCCACAGCGGAGGAGCUGAAGAAUGCGGAGGGAGAGCCGCGUGUCGUGCACGUCGAUCAAGAGCUCGACAUGAAGAUCACCCAUCUUGCCGAUGACUUUGCUUCCUUCGUGCGGGGCUUGAAAACAGAGGAGGACUUCGAGUCAUCCGACAUGCCAGCCCAGAAGCGCGCCCGCGGCGCUGAUGAUGAGGAAGGGGGCAGGUUGAGAAGCUCAUCAGGCCUAUCAACCAGAUGUGAGCUUCUUUGA